CCGCAUCCAAGCCAGGCCGCCGCCAACUUCUCUGGAUGGGACCAGAAGUUUCUAGCCGGCCAGUUGCUGCCUCCCUUUAUCUUCUCCGUCCCCUUUGGCAGCAAGGAGGCUAUUUCCAGACACUUCCACCCCUCUCCGGCCACGUCACCCCCUCCUUUAAUUCAUAAAGGUGCCCGGCGCCGGCCUCCCGGACACGUCGGCGGCGCAGGACUCAGGCUCCGGCGGCGGAGAGGUCCCCGCGGCGGCGGCCCAGCAUUUCGGCGCCUGGAGGCCCGGCACCGCGCGAGCCCGCACCCCGCGACCCGGCACCCAGUUCUCUGGCACCCCGUGACCCGGCACCGCGCGCUCCGGCACCCCGUGACCCGGCACCCCAGCACCCCGAGACCCCGCUCUCUGGCACCCCGGCGGCCGCCCUCCGGGCCGACCCCGACCAGCAUGAGCGCAGCCACCCACUCGCCCAUGGUGCAGAUGGCGUCCGGCAACGGCGCCGGCGACCGCGACCCCCUGCCCCCGGGCUGGGAGAUCAAGAUCGACCCGCAGACCGGCUGGCCCUUCUUCGUGGACCACAACAGCCGCACCACGACGUGGAACGACCCGCGCGUGCCCCCCGAGGGUCCCAAGGAAGCUCCAUCCUCGGCAAAUGGCCCUUCUCGAGAGGGCUCCAGGCUGCUGCCUGUUAGGGAAGGCCACCCUGUGUACCCCCAGCUCCGACCCGGCUACAUUCCUAUUCCUGUCCUCCACGAAGGCGCAGAGAGCCGGCACCCUUUCCAUGCCUAUCUUCAGCCUGGGCCACCGAGAUUCCGAACCGAGGCGGCAGCAGCGGCGGCUCCUCAGAGGUCCCAGUCCCCUCUGCGGGGCGUGGUGGAAGCCACCCAGCCAGAUAAACAGUCCGGACAGGCAGCAGCAGCUGCGGCAGCCCAGCCCCUAGCUGCUCACAGACCUGAGCGAUCCCAGUCUCCAGCUGCCUCAGACUGCUCGUCCUCAUCCUCCUCAGCCAGCCUGCCCUCCUCCUCCGGUAGGAGCAGCCUAGGUAGUCACCAGCUGCCCCGGGGCUACAUCCCCAUCCCGGUGAUCCAUGAGCAGAAUGUUGCCCGGCCUCCAGCCCAGCCCUCCCUCCACCAAGCCCAGAAGACCCACUACCCAGCUCAACAGGGUGAAUACCAGACCCACCAGCCUGUGUAUCACAAGAUCCAGGGGGACGACUGGGAGCCCAGGCCCCUGCGGGCGGUGUCCCCGUUCAGAUCACCCGCCCGGGGUGCGUCAAGCCGUGAGGGUUCACCAGCCAGAAGCAACACGCCAGUGCACUCCCCGUCACCCAUCCGGGUGCACCCUGUUGUCGACAGGCCCCAGCAGCCAAUGACCCAUCGAGAACCUUCGCCUAUUCCCCUACCAGAAAACAAACCGGAAAGUAAGCCAAGCCCUGCUGGACCAGAUCUCUGUCCCGGACACAUCCCGAUUCAAGUGAUCCGGAAGGAGGUGGAUUCUAAGCCUGUUUCCCAGAAGCCCCCACCACCCGCCGAGAAGGUGGAAGUCAAGGUUCCCUCUCCUACUGCUCCAGUUCCUUGUCCUCCCAGCCCCAGCCCUUCUGCUGUCCCCUUAGCCCCUAAGAAUGUGGCUGUAGAAGAAAGGGCAGCCCCCAGUCCUGCCCCCACAGAAGCUGCACCCCCAAAAGCAGGAGAUGCCGAGCCCCCCCCGAAGCAUCCAGGUGUGCUGAAAGUAGAAGCCAUCCUGGAGAAGGUGCAGGGGCUGGAGCAAGCUGUGGACAACUUCGAAGGCAAGAAGACUGACAAAAAGUACCUGAUGAUAGAAGAGUAUUUGACCAAAGAGCUGUUGGCUCUGGAUUCUGUGGACCCCGAAGGACGAGCCGAUGUGCGCCAGGCCAGGAGAGACGGUGUCAGGAAGGUUCAGACCAUCUUGGAAAAACUUGAACAGAAAGCCAUAGACGUCCCAGGUCAAGUGCAGGUUUAUGAACUCCAGCCCAGCUCCCUUGAAAGUGAUCGGCCGCUGCAGGAAAUCAUGGAAAUGGGUACCAUGGCCACAGACAAGAGUAAGAAAAGUGGCGGAAAUGAAGACGACCCCAAAACUGAAACACAGCAGCCAGAAGCCAAAGAAGCAGCAGCUCCCAGCCCCGCCAGCACGACAGACACAGCUGGUAACCCAGCAGCACCAUAGUCCCAGCUAGAUAAACAUCAGGCCCAAAGACUUGGAAUUGAUGGUGUGCUUAGGGAAGUUUAAGUUGCAUGCAUUUCAGGGACUUGAGAUCAGUUGGUUUUUAUUCUUCGUAGCCGCUUGGUACGCAGUAUCAACUUGGGUGGAGGCAAAACACACUAAUAAAAGGGCUAAAAGGGAAAUAAUGCUUUGCUUCUCUAUCCUUAUUCUGUACAAAGGAAGUUGCUUGUUGUUUCAAAGCUUAACCCCACUGCUUGUUGUUUGGGGGCUCUCUCUGUACCUGAGCACCACAUGUUAGCCAUAGCUGUGAGCCGUCUUCCUGUGGCUCUGGACUGAAGGAGUGUUUUUGAGAGUGGACGGGAGUCAAUUUUCCCGUCACGUAAGUGCCAAGUCCAUUCUUCAGAAAUGUUGCCAUUUGAAUGGGAUGAUUUUCUUCAUCUCAUAGUUCAAAUACCUGACUUCAGCUAGAAGAGAAUGUGUAAGGUGCCGUAGGAAUAUCUGUAUGUUGGAUGACUUUAAUUCUACAUUCAAAAAAAGAAAAUAAAGUAUUAACGUAA